UUGAAUUCCCGCGUGGUGCCACGUAAUUUAGAAGUUGACAUGGCCGACGGUGAAGAGCCCUUGCCGGUAGUCGCCGUGACUGCAGCGGUAGGAGCUGUAAUCAUGCUUGUUGUAUUGCUGUGCAAUGUCUUGAAAAAAGAUAAGAAGGAUACAGAAGAGGCUGCUGGAGAAGAAGAGCCACCACAAGACACCAAACAAGAUGCCAGCAAUAAAGCAAAAAAGCAAAAAGCCAUUCAAAGACCUAAGAAAGAAUCAAGGGUUGCCUUCACCCACCCAUGGUUGUCAACCUCUCUAAAAGGACACAGUGCUCCCAUACUUGGGAUGGAUUUCAGUCCCAAUGGGAAAUACUUAGCUUCCUGUUCAGAUGACAGAGUGAUACUUAUUUGGAGUGUGAAAGAAUUUUCUCAAAAGGAACACAAAUCCAUCCGUGUAAAUGUAGAACUGGAUCACAGUACACAAAUAAAAUUUAGUCCCGAUUCCAAAGCAUUCAUAACAAGUUUGUUUGUCUCGAAUACUGUAAGAGUGUUUAAGAUAGGCAAGAAACCAGAUGGGUCUCCUGGCAAUGUUACCGCAGUAUUAGAUUUUCCAAAGAAACAUGAUGCAGACAUAUUAAGCAUUGGUAUCUCUAGCUCAGGGAAGUUCAUUAUGACCUGCUACAAAGACACAACUAUGACAAUAUGGGACUUAAAAGGUGAAGUUCUUGCCACUAUUGACACCCACCAGAUGACCAAUGCCCAUGGUGCUGUAUCCCCAUGUGGAAGAUUUGUAGCUUCAUCAGGUUUCACACCAGAUGUGAAAGUUUGGGAAGUUUGUUUUGACAAAUCUGGCAAUUUUAGAGAGGUGACUCGAGCCUUUGAGUUGAAAGGUCACUCCUCAGGUGUCUACUCAUUCUGCUUCAACAGUGAUUCAAGAAGGAUGGCUACAGUGUCCAAGGACGGUACCUGGAAGCUAUGGGAUACAGAUAUUGAAUACCAAAAGAACCAAGACCCAUAUCUCCUCAAGACUGGUCAGCUAGGCUUCACCACACCAUCAUUGGUCAGUUUGUCACCAGAUGGCAGGACAGUAGCAGUGGCCCAUGGCAACAGCCUCCAGAUAUUUAAUGGUAUCACAGGAGUGCUAGGAAAAGCUAUAGAGGAUAUUCACCAUGAGCCAAUAAAAGCCUUAGGUUUUGAUACCAAUAACAAGUAUUUGGUGACAACUGGUGACAAGCAUAUCCACGUUUUCCACAAUGUUAUUGGCUAUCAAGCCACUGUCGAUGACCUUGUAGAAAAGAAGCAAAAGGCUAAAAAUAGUUCACUUAAAGAAAGAAUCCAGGAACAGAUAGAUACAGCUAAAACAGCACUGAAAUCUCUUGGCUUGGAGAGCUAACGUGCGGCCAAAACCAAGUAAUGCCAGUCUAUGCAACAAAUACUUGAGAGCCUAACUGAAUAUUUUUUUCUAGACUGCUAGCAUUUUCUUUUUUUGUCCUUGGUUUUGAUGUUUGAAUUUAAUUUGCAUCUUUAAGUAUGGCAUAUAAUAAAAAUGUUUUGUUCCUUAAUAUAAGCAAGAAUAUAAGUCAUUCUUGAACUUCUGUCAAGCUGUAUGCAGACAUUUUUAACAGAAUUUAAUGGACUGUGGGUAUUAAUUCACAUUCAACUUGAGAGUAAUAAUGUUUUUCCGAGUAGAAAAUGACAUUUAAUAGACAAUAAAGAUCAAUUUUUUUUCAAUA